AUGACUCAGGGCUGUGUGUACUGCAGCUACAGCAGUUGGAACCUUUUCCGGGAGGCAUAUGCUGCCAUCGAGAAAAUGAAACAGCUCGACAAGAACAAACUGCAGGCGGUUGCCAACCAGACCUAUCAGCAGACCCCACCACCCACCUUGUCCUUCCGAGAAAGGGUGAUUCACAAGAGUCUUGUCUAUCUCUGGUUCCUGUGCAGUUCUGUGGCACUUACCCUGGGCGCCCUGACUGUGUGGCAUGCAGUUUUCAUCAGUGGAGGUGAGACCAGCAUCAAGAAGAAUAUCAACAGUAAGGAGCGACGGCAGCUGAAUGCCAAGGAUAGAGUCUUUAAGAAUCAUUACAACUCUGGCUGCUUGGACAACUGGAACAUAUUCCUGGGUGUGGACACAGGAAGGCACUGGCUUACUCGGGUGCUUCUGUCUUCCAGUCACCUGCCACAUGGGAAUGGACUGAGCUGGGGCCCUCCCCCUUCUCCCUGGGUGGCUGCUCACUCGACGUCUGUGAUGGCUGUGUGAGCUGGAAGCAUCCCCUCAUCCUGCAUGGUCUCAA